GCCGUGCGCCUGUGCUGAUACACGUUCUCACAUCUCACCAUCUCACCGUGUUCAUUCGUACAAUCUUUAUCUCACGAUUACAGUUUUGUUUACAUUCCGUAUUGUUUUAUUAUAAUAUAAUACGUUUAUUUGAAUUUUAUAAUAUUUUUCCUUUGAAAAUUGUUUAUAUUAUUUGUGUGUACUUUUUGUAACCAAUUAUUAUCAUGGACAAACAACAAGCAGUAGAAUCCAGCCGCUCCAGGUCUCCAAUAAAAAAAAAUGCUAGAGGAAAGCGAGUGGAUUCUGGAAAAAGACUAUUGAUAGUUAAUGCGUACAAAUCCAAAUUGGAGUCAGAUCCAGAAAAGACGAUGAGAUCACUCCGGCAAGAGAUAUCUAAAGAAUUAGGCAUUGGUGUAACAACAGUUUCCAAAACAAUCACGCUAUACAACCGUUCGAAAACUGUGGUAUCACCAAAUAGAACACGGGUUAGGAUGCCCUCACGCAUUAUAUUUGAAGAGUUCGAAAGAAAUGUAGUUCGUAGAUAUGUGCACAGUUUUUGGCUAAAGCGAGAAAUUCCGACAGUUGACAAAAUACAUCAAGUGGUUUCUAACGACGAGUCUUUACCACCUAUCUCACGGACCGGUCUUUUUCGUCUUUUAAAAAAUAUGGGUUUUAAGUACAGCAAACGAAGCGUAAAUGGUGCACUGACGGAAAAAAAUAAAAUAGUGGUGUGGCGUAGACGGUUUCUUGAGGAUUUACGAAAAUAUCGAAAAGAAGGUCGACAUUUAUACUACCUGGAUGAAACCUGCGUACAUUCUGGAGAAUGCACAAUAAAAUCACCAGGGGACGCAAUUGUAAAAGGUCAAACAACCAGUGCUGUUGAUCCAUCGGAAAAAGAUAAACGCUUUAUAGCCCUUAAUAUUGGCUCUGAAGACGGCUUUGUCCCAGGUGCAUUAUUAUGUUUUAAGUCAAAAAAAAAUACUAGAGAUUUUCAAAGUGAAAUUAGUCGUGAAACAUUUUACAAAUGGAUGGAGAGUGUAUUACCUAAAUUAAAAAAAAAAUGUGUCAUAAUCAUGGACAAUGCCUCAUGUCAUUCAGAAAAAAUUGACAAAGCACCUACGUACAAAACCGAGAAAGCCAAUAUUAUCAAGUGGUUGGAGGAUAAGAAUGAAGUUAUAGACAGCUCUAUGGUUAUCGCAGAACUCCUUCAUAUAGUGAAAAGGAUAAAGCCGUAUCCCGAAAAGUACGUAAUUGACCAACUAGCAGAAGAACAUGAUUGUAUUAUACUAAGACUGCCGCCGAAUCAUUGUGAGCUUAACCCAAUUAUAUUGGCUUGGUCAUCGGUUAAAAACCAUGUAAAUAUGAACAAUACAACGAAUGAAUUAACCGAUAUCAAACAAUUAUUAACCGAGAGUAUCGAAAGUGUGGAUUCAAACAAGUGGAAAGAUUUUAUUCGUCAAGCGAGGGCAGAGGAAGACAAAUUUUGGAAAAUUGAUUUCAUUAUUGAUGACUUAUUAGAAGAAGAGGUAGAAUCUGUAACGACACCAAUCGGAGAUACAUCAUCAGACGAAUCCAGCAUUGCAUCUGACUAAUUUUUUUUAUUUAUAUUAUGUGUAUUUUUAAAUUUUUUUUUUUUGUAUAUGAAUGCUCUAAUUUAAUUUGAUAA